AUGGUUCUCGAAGCGGUGAUGGUCGUUGUCGACAACAGCGAAAGCAGUCGCAAUGGCGACUAUCAGCCCACAAGAUUCGACGCCCAAGCCGAUGCCGUCAACGUUGUCUUCCAGACAAUCACCAACGGCAACCCUGAGUCCUCGGUCGGCCUGAUGAGCAUGGGUGACAAGAGCCCGGAGGUGUUGGUCACCCUCACCACAGAUCAGGGCAAGAUUCUCGACGGCCUGCAUCGCACGAAGACCAAGAUCAAGGGAUCAUCACACCUUGCAACAGGGAUCCAGGUCGCUGGCCUCGCCCUCAAGCACCGUCAGAACAAGUCCCAACGACAACGGAUAAUCGUCUUCGUUUGCUCCCCCAUCGAGGAGGAGGAGAAGAAGCUGGUUCAGCUGGCGAAGAAGAUGAAGAAGGGCAACGUCUCGGUCGAUUUCGUACUGUUUGGCGAUUUGGACGAUGAUGACACGCAGAAGAAGCUGCAAGCGUUCAACGAGAGUGUUAAGGGCGGCGAGGGAUCUCACCUCGUGGUCAUCCCGCCCAGCAGCAAGCUUCUCAGCGAUCAGCUGAUCUCGAGUCCGAUCCUCCUCGGCGAGGCAGCGGGCGGCAGCGGCGGCGGGGGCAUGGAGAGCGGUGGCGGUAACUUUGGCGAGUUCGACUUCGACCCGGCCAUGGACCCGGAGCUCGCUCUUGCUCUGCGUAUGAGUAUGGAGGACGAGAAGGCGCGGCAGGAGAAGAAGGCGCGCGAGGAGGCCGAGGUGUCGGGCAAGGGAUCGCUCGAGGACAUCAAGGAGGAGGGCGAGAACGCGCCCCUCCUCAACAAGGACGGAGGCGAGUCGAGCAAGAAGGGUGACAAGAAAGAUGACGACAGGAUGGACACCUCGUAG